GGACAGCGCUGCUGCUGGGUUGAGGAAAUUGAUGACGGGGAAGCAUGCGGGCAACCCAGUGUAUAAAACUCAUAAACGUGUAGGCAGAGGCUCAGCUACCACUUUGGACAGCUGCUUCCCGCCAGCAAAGACCACCCCGCCCUCGGGCAGCCGAGCCAGAGCCUUUGGGGAACAUGAAGAGCCUCCUGCUGCUGGCCACGCUCCUGGUCCCUGCGCACCUGGCGGCGGCCUGGAGCACCAAGUAUGCGGUGGACUGCCCUGAGCGCUGCGACAGCGCCGCGUGCAAAAGCAGCCUGCGCUGCAAGAGGACAGUGCUGGACGACUGCGGCUGCUGCCGGGUGUGCGCCGCGGGGCUGGGCGAGACCUGCUACCGCACCGUGUCGGCCAUGGACGGCGUCAAGUGCGGCCCGGGGCUCAGGUGUCAGUUUUACAGUGAGGAGGAUGACUUUGGUGACGAGUUCGGUAUCUGCAAAGACUGCCCCUAUGGCACCUUCGGGAUGGAAUGCCGGGAGACCUGCAACUGUCAGUCAGGCAUAUGUGACAGAGUGACCGGCAAGUGUCUGAAAUUUCCCUUCUUCCAAUAUUCGGUAGCCAAGUCUUCCAACAGGAGAUUUGUUUCUCACACAGAGCAUGACAUGGCAUCUGGAGACGGCAACGCUGUGAGAGAAGAACUCGUAAAAGAGAAUGCCCGCUCUCCUGUAAUGAAAUGGUUAAAUCCUCGCUGAUCCUGGGUGGGAUUUCUGAGAGAAGACUCUUAUUCUAAUGAUCAUUCAACACACAGCCAACAUUUUAGGAACUGUCUAGAUUAUAGCAUACGGACGUGUGAUCUUGGAAGGCCAAGUGUGUGGGUCCAGGAAAAAAAAAAUGUAGGCUACUAACAACCCAUAAAACGCAUAUGACUGAACACUUUUAGAUAUUUGUUAAAUAUUUGAAUGCAUAUAGAUUUGUUAAAUAUGUGUUUAUAGUAAUACCGAAGAACUGCAAAUGCAAUUUAGAUAAUCUUAAUGUGAAUGCAGGUCAGCCAAAGAGGGAGCUAGCCAAAGCUGAAGACCAGAGUGAGUCCACAUGUCUGUGACUCGGAUGUACACUGAUGUUGGGAUACAGGAUGGUGGGAGAGUUAGGAGUGAGAGAAGGGGGGGCAGGGUGGAAAAGUAUGAUAAUUAGGUCUUCCUUGUGGUAACAUCAAUAGAGUUUAGUUGUGCUUCUUAUUUACUUCGGAAAAGUCAACACAAAACAAUCCCUGAAGGAAGUGGGAUGUUUGAAUCUUGUGG